AUGAAAAAAUCACUUACUUUUGAUACUGAUUCUAAAUAUAACUUUUCUUAGAAAAUACAUCUAUUAAGACAUUAAAGAAACAAAGAUAAAAUAAAAGAAGCUAUCUUAAAAUUAGAAAAUCCUUUUGAUCCAUCAUAAAUUUCAUAAGCAUUAAAAUGUCUUGAAAAUUAAUUUCAAAGAAGAGCUUUAUUGGAUUAAAUUAUAUUAAUUAGAAAAGAAAAACUGAAGAUGUAGGAAUUGGAGAAAAUCAAUCAAAUGAAAGACAUACUAACGAAAGUUUCAAGAAAACUAUCCUUAAUAAAAAAUUAACAAACUAAAUACACUAGAGAUCAAGAUGAUUUCAAAAUUUUAUAAGAAGAAAGAAACAAAUUUGAUAAAUUUCAGUAUGAAAAUCUUAACUUUCAAAUUAAUGAGGACAAACAUUAAUUAAGAAGGCUUUCUAGUUUAAGUUUUUUAACUAAAGAGACAGACAAGUGGAAAGUUAAUCCAUAAUAAUAAAUAGUUUAACAAAAUUUAUUUGUUCGUAGAAAAACUUAAAGAAAUGCAUCUUUAAUUGUUAAUGCAGUCUAAAAGAAAUAAAUGUAUUAAUUUAUAUAUUAUUAAUAUUAGUUAUCUUUAAUCAGAACAGAAUACCACAAAUUCACUUAUUAUAUAAAAUAACUCAUUAUAAUUUCAGGAUUGA